AUGGCGCUCUCUCAGGCCGCUACCUCGGAGCCCGAGGAGGCAUCGCCGCGCACCCGGCAGCGGAUGCAGGUUGGGGGGCCGGUGGGGAGCGGGGGCCGCCGUGAGAGCUGCCGGCCCGGGGAGAAACGGCUGCUGGGCGCCGGCGGGACGGCGGAGGGCAGCGCCCCGGCCGGCAAGAGGCUGCGCCCGGAGCCUGGCCCGCCGACACCGGCCCCCGCCUCGCCCCCCGCCCCGGGCAGCCCGGAGGAGAACGGCCGGGACGGCGCUUGGGACGCGGAGAGCGACGGGAGCGACGCGGGGACGGAGGCUCCUGCGGAUGGACACUCGCAGUUAUCAGCUUACGAAAGGAAAAGACUGAAGAACAUUACAGAAAAUGCCAAAUUCUUCGCUGCUUUAAAGCUGCAUGAGUCAGCUGCAAGACUUCACCAGAUUGCAACUAAAAGACAAUCUCAUGUCACCAAAAGGGCUAAGCCCAAGAAGGCAGAAGAUGAGACGGUGCGGCGAAGGUCUAUGCGCUUGCAAAGAGUGGAGCCAUCAGGAAUUCCCGUGGCAGAGGUGGCAGCCCAGCUGGGAGCAGAGGAAUAUCCUCAGGUUCCUGCCGGUCCAUUGCCCAUGGUUCCAGAAGGUGAGACAGAGAACAGUAAAUUGUCAGAGGAAUUACUGACUACGUGGAUGAGAAUAAGCGAGAUGAAAGCUGAGGAUCCCGCAGAGCACACGUGUGACAUGAAAAGGUACCAGGACAGCCUGAGCAGCAUGGUCCUCAGCCCAGAGAACGUGAAAAAGGUGGUGAAGUAUCGAGUGUGUUCGAUGGCCAUCCACCCUUCCCAGAGCCUCCUCUUUGUGGCCGCGGGGGACAAGACCGGGCAGGUCGGGCUCUGGAACGUGAGCUGCACGUCGGAUGAAGGGGCACACGUCUUUGUCCCACACAGCUCCUCAGUCACCUGCAUGAAGUUUUCUCCCUGUAACCCCGCUCACCUGCUGUCCCUGAGCACGGAGUCCCUGCGCUGCGGGGACGUCUCGAGGGCCGUCUUCGAUGAGAUAUGCAGAAGUGAAGAUUUGUCUUCCUUUGACUUCUUGGAAGACAACGCCUGCAGUGCCCUAGUGGGGUUCUGGCACGGGGACGUGGCCGUGGUGGACAGACGGACGCCGGGAACGUCGUGGGAGCUCUCUGCGGACAUCGGCUUCAAGAGAACCAGGACGGUCCAUGUCCACCCCGUGAAUAAACAGUAUUUCCUCGCUGCUGGCUCAGUGGAUGUGUGCGUUUACGACAUCCGGUACCUGAAGUCCAGUGGGAACAGGCCUGUGAGCUCCCUUGUGGGACACACCAAAAGCGUCGCUUCCGCCUAUUUCUCUCCGGUGACGGGGAGCAGGGUGGUGUCGGUGUGCGCUGACGACAAGCUGAGGGUCUAUGACACCUCUUCUUUGUCACCGACGGUCAGAGCUCUCAGUACCAUCAGACACAACAACAACACGGGGCGCUGGCUGACGCGGUUCCAGGCGGUGUGGGACCCCCGGCGGGAGGAUUGCUUCGUGGUGGGCAGCCUGGCACGGCCCCGCCAGGUCGAGCUCUUCCGGGACACGGGGGAGCUGCUGCACGCCUUCUCCAGCCCCGACUGCCUCGGCUCCGUCUGCUCCAUCAACGUGCUCCAUCCCACCAAGAACAUCCUGGUGGGCGGCAACUCCAGCGGCCGCCUUCACGUGUUCAAAGAAGAAUAAAAGUGGCUCAG